CCCUCAGACACAUGCUGCAGCUUUAACAACCAGCAGACAAUCAUUUUCUCUUCUUCUUCAUGGACGUUGGGAUGCAUUUCAGCAACUUGUCAUCGCCAUUGUAGGAUUAAACUUGUCCCUUAACAUUGGACUUAAUAUUGGACUCUUAACAUCAUGGACAUGUUUGGCCCAGGACAACUGGUAUCUCUCCUGCCUGCAUUGUUCCAUUCACCUGCAGCUCAUUUCUUCCCUGCAUUCCCAACCAGGCUGGGCUCUCCACAUCAGUUUCUGAUCCCGGGUCCCUUCAUCAGCUACGAAUCCUUGAGGAAUUAUCUGCAGCCAGAUCCAUGCAAGGAAGCUUUCCUCCUGGCCACUCAGGCGGUCGGGAUAGGGCCGCUGACAGAGGGCAUAGAUGAACAGAGGCCAGUGAAGCAGCGGCGUGCACGGGCCAACUACAGCAGCUGGCAGCUGGAGGAGCUGGAGAAGGCCUUCGAGACCACCCACUACCCCGACAUCUUCAUGAGGGAGGCCCUGGCCCUCAGACUGGACCUCAUCGAGGCCAGAGUGCAGGUUUGGUUUCAAAACCGCCGUGCCAAGAUGAGGCGGCAGCUGAAACUCCAGGGCCAGCUCGCAGGGCCUUUUGUAAAAAGAGACAGUGAUGAAAUGUGUGAGAAAGCCAGCAGGAGUUUGAAGCAGCAGACGGAGAGUUGUGACGACGAAACCUGGGAGAGACGACAGGAAGGAGAGAACUAUCCAUGGACAAAAGCUGCGAGUGCAGCGCUGAGCGCUCGCCUGCAGCCUGCGACCCCGAGGUCGGGGAAGUGGGAGAGGCCGGAGGGGCCGAGCUCAGACGAGCUCCGCUCCUGCAGCAUCGCCAAGCUGAGGGCCAAAGCCAGAGAGCACGAGGCCGAGAUCCACAGCUCUGUAAACAUGUCAGCAGGCGACACACAGUCCCAAACACAGGAAGAUGAUGCCAUGCACAGUGAUUCAUAGUUUUCCUUCUUCCUGUUUGUACAGAUCAUAAUGAUACAAAACAGCAUAGACACUUAAUACGCAGGAACUUACUUUGUAAACUAUUUAGGUGAGGAGCACUAUUAACUAUUAACCUUAGUAUAAAAUGUUAUAUGUUAAUGAUUUUCUUUCAAAUUAUAAGUACGUUUCUGCACUAUUUCAUCUUUUUACAUUUCCUGUAACACUUUUAAAGUCAUUCAUUCUGAAGGUUAAGUAGUAAAACUGUAAAAACUCUCUGUAUAACUACUUUAAGAACAUGUUUUCUCACAUGCAAGUGCCGUUUCUCUACGCACUUUCUAACAUUUCAUUAAUGUGACUGCGGUUGUCACCUUUUGAAUGAAUGCCACACAGGUCAUUAUUGAAGAGCUUACAGUGACAAAUGACAAAUGUUGCCAUCUUACCAUCAGCCUGUUGAGGCACAGCUGAAAUCUGAGUCAGUCAAAUCAUUUCUAAAUGAUUUCACUAAUAGCUUCUCAUCCCUGACCUCUCGGGUUUCCUUCACAGACACGCAGGAUGUCUGCAAGCAGCCACACGUCCUCAAAGGAAACAAUGGAAAUAACUGAGAAAUGAAAUAAUGUGUGAGUCCAAUGAAGAAUAAUUGUAUUGUUGAACUCUAUGCUUAAAAAUCAAAAUAUAUUGUUUUUGCUUUGUUUAGAUUGAAAGUGACAGAUUCAUAAAGACUUUAAAAAAGAUUCAGAUCAAAACAUGCACAAAAUACU